GCUGGAGGCGCAGAACCGCGAGGCAGAGGCGGGAACUCGCAAGAGAAGAGGGAGGUGGGUCACGGACAGCCACCAUGUCCUUCCCGCACUUUGGACACCCUUAUGGCAGCGCUUCCCAGUUUCUGGUGUCUGCAAGUUCCAACGCCACUUGCUGCGAAUCCGCCCCGCGCUCGGUCCCAGAUGUGGCCUCAGGCUCCACCCCGGCGGCCGCGCUCUGCUUCGCACCCUACGACAGUCGGCUGCUGGGCAGUGCGAGGCCCGAGCUGGGCGCGGCCUUGGGCAUCUAUGGAGCUCCCUACUCGGCCGCUGCAGCCGCCCAGAGCUACGCAGGCUACCUGCCCUACGGCCCGGAGCCGCCCACGCUGUACGGGGCGCUGAAUCCACAGUAUGAAUUUAAGGAGGCUGCAGGGAACUUUACACCCGGCCUGGCGCAACCAGCAGCCUAUUAUCCCUACGAGCAGAGCCUGGGGCAGUACCAGUAUGACCGGUACGGAUCGGUGGAGUUGGGUGGCGCUGGGCGCAGAAAGAACGCCACCCGGGAGACCACUAGCACACUCAAGGCCUGGCUCAACGAGCACCGCAAGAACCCCUACCCCACCAAGGGCGAGAAGAUCAUGCUGGCCAUCAUCACCAAGAUGACCCUCACCCAGGUGUCCACCUGGUUCGCCAACGCGCGCCGGCGCCUCAAGAAGGAGAACAAGAUGACUUGGGCGCCCAAGAACAAAGGCGGGGAGGAGAGGAAGGAGGAGGGUGGAGCAGAGGAAUUGCUGGGCUGCCUAAAUGGUGACACCAAAGACGUUUCAGCUAGCCAGGAGGCUCGGGGGCUGAGUGACCUGGAAGACCUGGAGGAAGAAGAGGAAGAGGAGGCGGAUGAAGAGGAGGCAGUGGCCACAGCUACGGACAGGCUGGCUGAGCUCCAUCAAGACACUCAGUCGCUGCCGGCGGCACAGUGUGCCACAACUCGAGAGGGCCGGCCGGAGCGCAAGGAGUGCAGUCUGGCGGCGCCCCGCUUCUCGUUCACUGAGACCCCCAGGUCGGGAGAAACCGACUUCCUGCGGGCCGAGCCAGGAGGCCCCACUUUGACCAUGCACUACCCGCGCAGCGAGAAACCGCGCAUCUGGUCUCUGGCGCACACUGCGGCAGCCAGCGGUGUCGAAGGUGCACCCCCAAACCUGUCCAGGCCACGAAGUCCUGAGUGCCAUCUGAUUCCUGGACAGCCUCCAGGCCCCGGCGCGCGACCCGCAGUCCCCAGAGACUCCGCGUGCGAAGAGUCUUCCCGAGUAGCCAAAGCCUUUGGAAACCCCUCGUUUGCCCAACAGGGCCUGCCUCUGGACUGUACGCCAUGCCCGCGGCGGAGGGCGCCGGCAGUGCGGUGCCAGUACCAGUCAGGAGCAGAAGCAGGUUAGCGCAAUGGCUGCGAUUUGCAGAAGAAUCUUGGAAAUAAGCCCUACUUUUUGGAACUCACCUCCACACUAAGAAGCUGAGAGACCUCCCCAGGGUCUGGGGCUCUCACUUUGCCUAAGAGACAGACACACAGAAACCCUCCUACCGGCCCUCCUCGCACGCAGAGCUGGGAGUGGCUGGCAGACGUGCAUUUUGUCAGAUCCCACGGAGGAGGCGGCAGGGCACCUUGGGGAAGGUCAAGGGGGAAGGCUUGGCGAGUCUGCACCAUGCACGGACUCAGUAUCCAAGUCUCCCUCUCCCCUCUGGA